UAAACAAUUCAGAAUCUCCUCUGCUUUCCUCGAUUCCACAAGUGCUGAUCACUGAGAGCUGCUUGCCCACUGCUGAGAGAUCAAGAAGGGCAGAGGGACAGGGAGAGAGAGAGAGGACUACCCCUAUCAUCAUCCUCCCACCUCCCAUACAGGUGAGGAGCAAGCUGGCCAUCUGGACCCUGUGACGAUGGAACUUGACUGAUGGGCUGAGAACCUCACUCAUGGUUGCCUCCUACCACCUUGGACCCUCAGUAGCACCAUAAAGGAAAGCAGUUAUUUAUCAUGAAAGGUAUCAGGGCGAUCCUCUAUUACUUCAUAGUGGAUCUCUUCACUUUGUUCUGUUGGGCACAGGGCAAAGGUGGCCAGCACUUUGGGAGCACUGUGGUGGUAUCAGACGUCAACCUUUCCAACCCUGGAGAUCUAGGGUCCUCGGAUCCUAACCAGACUGCUGAGGGCUGUAGGGGCUAUUUUGACGUUAUGGGGCAAUGGGACCCCCCUUUUAACUGCAGCUCGGGUGACUUUCUCUACUGCUGUGGUACUUGUGGCUUCAGAUACUGCUGCAAGUUUAAACACUCCAAACUGGAUCAGAGUAUCUGUACUAACUACGACAGACCCAACUGGCUAGCUCCUGGCAAGACCCCCCCAAAGAUUGAUGACCCUCUUCACGACCCCAACAGGGAUAAGGCUAAUUUGAUCGUCUAUAUAAUAUGUGGAGUAGUAGCUGUAAUGGUCCUUGUUGGAAUUUUCACCAAAUUGGGACUAGAAAAAGCUCAAAGACCUCAAAGGGAAAAUAUGUCAAGGGCUCUCGCUGAUGUGUUGCGAGAUCAAAAUCAUUCUUCAGUCGAUCACAUGGAAAGAGAUUCAAACCUUGUCGUUCACAUGCAACAUUACGAAACUAUGUCCAGACCACCUACAAAUAACUUACAUUCAUCAAAGAUAAAUAACGUUGUUCCGACAUCUCCACACCUCCCUCAAAUGGCACAUCCACAUUCAUACCCAACUAUGGGGCAAAUUUCAAAUCCAUAUGAGCAGCAACCUCCUGGAAAGGAACUUAACAAGUAUGCUUCUUUAAAGGCAGUCGCUGACAAGGUCAACGAUGAUUUCUAUUCCAAAAGACGACAUCUUGCAGAACUUGCAGCAAAGGGAAGCCUCCCCCUACAUCCAAUUCGUAUGGAACAAGAGAGAUCAUACAGCCCUGAGGGUGGUACCUUAAAAUUAAAUGGGCAGAAAUCCAAAGUAAACAAAUUUCACUCACAUACCUUGUCAUCAACAUACAAUCCUGACUACAAAACCUGGGAUCACACAGAGCAUUCCCUGCGGCGGCAGGCCUAUGCAACUAAGAAGCAUUGCCCAGUGGAAUCGGUAAAUGAACAGAUGCAAUCUCAGAAUCAACAUUAUAUGCCACCACAGCCAUACUUUGUAACAAACAGCAAAACAGAGGUAACUGUCUGAAAUAAAUAAAUUUAUCUCUACUAGGAUGAAAACUGAGGAAGGCAAUGUCCUGGGAUUCGAUACAGUUCCUGUAUUCAGAAGAUCAAAAAAGUGUGGUUAGGGAUUACAGCUCCAGCAAUACAGUAGUUGAAUGGAAUUAGGGACUCCAUUUUUACUUCACAAUGAAGAUAAGAUGAAAACACUUUUGCUUACUCUUUUUUUUUAACUAGAAAUUCACAUGUAUGGCAAAGAAGUAGCACAAUCAACAGAGUCUUCAUCUCUGCAAAAAUCUUUUGGAUGUUUGUUCUUAAUUGUGAAAGAGGACAAGCAAUGAAAGGACGUUAUAUGGGCCAAUAUUUUUGUAUUAAAAAGAGAAAAAAAACGAACAAAAAAAUGUUGAAUAAACCCUGAAGAUAAAUGCAGUUUCCAGAACUAAGUUCAUUAAUAUCAUUUUGCACAUCUGUGAAAACCCAUUGGACAACAGGCCUAUUUAUUCUUAAGAGACAUAAAAAAAGAAAAAUUAAAAAAAAGCAAGUAUCUUGAAGAACCUUAAAAGACUGUUACAUUUAAAAAAGGGAACUGGGGCUUUCUUAUUGGUGGAAAGCCCCAUGCUAUUUGAAGAAAAAACAAACACUUUUUGUAAAACAAAAAUAAAUAAAAACAGAGACAAAGAAACAGAAAAGGAAACUUUCCUUAGAAAGAAAAGAAAAACUAAGGAUUUUUCAUUUGAGGAAAAAGUUUGGAAGAUAGAAAAUCCAUAUGUUCUUCCUUUCCUGGCGUUCCACAAUUUAGAUGGACAGAGAGAUCCCUCUGUACUGUCUGCGAUAACUUUUUAUUCAGUCAAUGUUUUGCCUAUUUCUACUUGCUUUCGACUGAAAACAUACUAUGUGGGCGGUGCCUUUAAUGUAUUUAUAUUGUUAAAUGAAAAGUCUUGUUUUUCAAAGUGAACCUUUGAUCUUUUAGCUUAUUUCCUUACAUUUUGCUGAGUAUUAGUCUUUCUUUUAAACACAGCUCAAGUUGUUUAAUGAAUUUUAGUCUU